CAAGUGGAGGCCUUCCAUAAUUCCAUUUAUCUUAAAACCAUCUUCCUCGCUCCGGCCACCUGCUCGCCGUCGCCGCUUCAUUGCGGCUCUCUCCUUGUGUUCUGUUCUGUGUUUAUGUCAAGGAACGGCCGGAGAGGACGAGAAAUAAGCUUUAGAAGAACGUUUCUCAUCACUUUCGCUUGUAGUUAGAGUUCUAUUUCGAGCAUUGAAUUGAAUGCAAUGACGACACCGGGUUCCCCCGACGCUGCGGCGUCUCGCAAUAUUGUUUUCAUCGACACCAGCCUCGACACUCACUUGGCGAUGGCCGUCUCAGACGGCGAUUCCGUCUCCGAUGUCAAAGAGAAAAUAGAGAAGGAACAUCCACUGUGUUUCUCUCAUCUAGGGAACAUAAAAAUUCAUGCAUUAAAGGUACAGCGCAGAGGGCACCUUUAUCACCUUUCUGACUCCAUGUAUUUGAAAAGCGCAUUUGUUGGGGUCGACGACAGCGACAGUUGGUUUCUUUCUAUUGAUGCUUCUCUUGCUGAUGGUCAUUCAACUGACCCUAAUACUGGAAAUCUUUCAACUUAUUUUAGAAGGGCUGAUAAAAACUCCGUUGAUGGAAGCAAUCUUCCCAGAAAUAAUCAUCGUGGAAAAAUACCUAACAAUGAAUCUCCACCAUUGCCGGACAAUGCGGUUCAACAAUAUGUCAAUGAGAAAACCCCUACUGAUAUCUAUUUUGGUUCAUGUCAUUCUAGUAAAAAAGAUUUAAUGGUUAAGAAGGUAGAAGUUACUCAUUCUGUUGAAAAUUGCAGCAAAGAUCAACCGAGCAGGACAAUGAAUGGUUGUGAAGGCCUUAACAGGACAUUGGAAACUUUGCAUGAUGUGAAGGUGAAUCGUAAGCGUAAGAAGAGAAAAACAAAAUUGAUUAAUGAACAUGAAGUUGUUAAUCAUACCAGUGCUGAUAAUCAAAAUCCAUUGCAGCAAGUCGUUGGAUCUUGUGAAAAAUCCAGAGAUUAUGCACCUAAUGAAGUUUCCAAUCUCCCGAUGAUGGAAAGUAAAUCCAAUGCCGGUGAACCUGGUCAUAUUUCAUCUUCUAAUACACAUGAUGGAUCUGAACAUGGAAUCAAGCGAAAGUAUAAUUUAUCUGAGAAACUUGAAGUUGAUAGCAGAAAUGAUAAAUCUAAAAAGGCAAUUCACCUGAUGGAUAAUUCUUCAGAAGUAGCUGCACAAGUUGGGUCUACUGUGAAAAAAAUGCAAAAGAUUAAAACGAGGAGUGGAGUAGUGAAUGGGGAAGGAAAUAGAGAUUUGGUUUCUGAUUCUAGUAAAGUGACAUCUACACCUAAGGUCACUUCAGAAUACCUAUCAGAUAACAAACAAACUGCAAAAGUUGUCUUAGGUAGUCUAUCUACUGAACCUGAUGCCUGCCUGCUAGAAACUGGUUCAAGUGAUGUGAAGAAGAAAAAUAAAAGGAAAAAGAAGUUGUCUGGUUAUCCAAAGCAAGCUGUUGGUUUGAUUUCAUCUAGAGUAGGGGACCAACAGGAUGCAAGUCGAGAAUCUGAUAUAACAACUGUCCCCAGUCAAGAUAUUGAGGCGGCAUCAAUUCCUGAUUGCUUAGGAACAUCUGUAAGGGAAAGGCAGAAUGAUUCUAUCCGUAAAACUGCAGAAGAUUUUGCAUCGUCCCUGAUUGGAGAGUCCUGUGGUGAUAAGAACAUGGAACUUGGCGAUCUGGAAAGCAUAAGGGAUGUGUCUGAUAAAGCUGCGUUAGGAGUAAAAAGAAUGACAGAUUCAAAUGAUGCUGCCUUUAAAAUUCAUGACCCUACUGAUCUUCAGAGAAGUAUUUGUACAUCUGAGGAUGCCAAUAAUGUUCAAAGCAAUCAUCUGACGUGCAAAACUGGACAGAUUGUUGCCAUUCCAGAGGAAAGAGAUUCUAUGCAGAACACUGAUACAAAAGCUACAAUGGUAGAAAACUGCCACUCAUCAAUCUGGGAUGGUACUGACACUAACGUUCAAGCUACUCAUAUUUCUAAAUUAGUGCAUUUAAAGGGAACUGCUGAAAGCACCAAGCAUAGUAAGACAAAGAAGACUAAAAAGUCUAGGGAUUUAGCUGAAGGAAGACGGACUAAUUUAGUCACAACAGGCGAUAGAGAUUCUGAAUAUGAUAUUCCUUCAACUGAGCUUCAUAGUAUUACAUUAGGUGAUAAUUCCAGUAGUAAAGCUGAGAUGGUAGAAAGCAAUGUUUCUCUAAUGAAGGGAGAAAACACAACUAGCGCUUCUAUAUUGCCUACUGUUAGGAACAUAGACAUAGAUGGAGAAUAUAUAAGUGAGGUGGAACCUUCGCAGAAAAUUAACAAAACUGAAGCAGGAACAGAAAACGUGGAUGGGCAGGUGAGAGUGAAAAUUAAGAAGAGACCUGCGACUUCAGUGAAAAGUACGUCAUAUCUUCAAGCAGGAAAUAUAGGUAAUGAGGAUUCAUUGCUAUCAAAUAGAAGUAAUAGGGAAGUAAAAUCUGUGUCUGUAGCAGCAAAGAAAACUAAGUCGCCAAGGAAUGAUAUUGAAGAAGCAAAUUUGGACUCUACACUGUUUUCUGAGGUUGAAAGUAGUCCUCCUCCUAGCAUUUGCAAGAAGUCUAGGAUAGUUGGAUCCUCCCAAACUCUACUUCAAGUUUCUGAAGGCAAUUAUGAAGGGAGGUGUCUUGAAGCAAAUAUAUGUAGCAACACUGCUAAAGAUGGUACUGCUAAUAAUGUUGAUAGUCGCGCUGAAGUUCCUUCUGAAAGUGAUAAAGUUGGCAUUGAGGAAAGUGCAGGUGGACUCCAGGAUGAAUCUAUUAAAUUGCAUGUUGACAAGUUGAGUAGAGAGAAGAGUGUGAAUACUUUGCCCAAAGCUAAAAGAAAAAAGAAAUAUCCAAAUGGCUGCUCUUCUGGGGCCUCUUUAAGUAUGCAGAACAUACAGAAGUCGGAUGAGAAAACAGAGACUGGGAGACAAUGUCAAACUAGCAACUCGAGCUCUCUCAAGUUUGAUGGAGCACCACCAAAGGAUAAGCGUGAUGGGAAGCUUCAUUUUGACAAUAAGGUAAAAAAAAAUUCAAGAGGUGGGGUAAAAUCCCUGCCUUCUAAUGAGCAUAAACAGCAAAUACCUAACUCUAACAAAGCAGCUAGGGUAAGGGCAAAUACUGUCGAUUCUUCUUGGGACAGUACCGAGAAAAACAGUGAAACUUCUGCUGUACCAAGAACAAGAUCGAGCUUGAAAAAUUCAUCAAGUAUGGUUUACCAGGAUCAAAAGCAUAUGGGACACCAAUCUGGCAAUCCUGUGGGCGGACGAAAAUCUUCUCAAAAUGGAAGUAAAGAUGCUACUCGAUCAGAACGAAGGAACUUGUUGGCUACAUCAGGAGGCAUAUUUAAGGAUGCCAGCAGUGAUAGUUCUGAGGAUGAAGGUGGAAUUGCCGAUUCAGAUGUUAGUAUCAGAUCUCCAGAUAAUUCACUGUCAUCUGACUUCUCAGAUGGUGAAAGCAAUGGUUCUGUUGAUUCUAUUGAAAGAGAGAGCAUCCGUAGGAGAAGCAUUAGAAAGAAAGAUUCAAGCCCUGACGAUAUGGCCCUUGACACAAUCCUUCGAAGUUCAAGCAGAUAUAAGAAGGCAAAGCUCACAGCUGCGCAAUUACAACAAGAUGAUACUGAAAGCCAGCCUGUCGAUUUUGUUCCAGACAGUCAGGCUAAUCUUUAGUUCGUUAUUGUCAUGGUUACACCUUACUUCUCCAGGAGCAAUAUUCUAGAUGGCAUCGCAAAAACCCUCCCGUUCUAAGUUUGUUAAUGGAGUUUAUCACGAUACCAGAUAAAUUUUGGUGAACUCGAGAACUCAUAAGGAAAUUAAAUCCUUGAGCAUCACUGGAUGCUUGCAUAAUGUUUCCAUGCUGGUCUGUUCUGUAGUCUAUGGAAAAUUCUUAUUUUGAAGUAUAUGAUCAGUGGAACCAAACUCUACCGAACUUCAGCACUUUUGGAACGUUGUUUAGGCUGUUUAUUUAAUGUUUUACGUGUUGUACCCAUUAUUACGUACGGCUAGAUAUUGAUUGAAGUUGAAAAUGUUAAGCAGCUA